UUGUAUUUACGAUUUUAUUUUGUCAGCUGUAAAAAUUUUCAGCAUCUUGCCUGCGUGGCCGAUCUAAAGUCCGUGAGGUCCAAGUUAGCGAAUAGUCAGUAUUUAGAUUCAGAACAAUUCGCUGACGACGUCAGAAAGAUAUUGUCUCAGUCCAACCCUGAUGCUAACAAGUCAGCACCGAGUGCCUUCCAGAUCGUCCUCGACGAAUUCGAAAAUUUGUGGACAGCCGUGUUCCUCAGAGGUGGUCCGACACCAACAGAGAUUUUGGAGGAGAAUGUUGAGGAAGAAAUGGACAGGGAAUUAAGUGCGCAUUUCAAGAAAAUUAAGGAGUGCUGCAUUACUGCACGAAACGUGAUAGAACAGUGCUCAUUAGCCGCGAGAUUUCUUCUUUCGUUAAAGGCACGUCGUCGUCGUGCAAAGCAGUGUGGAGAGCCGUUGCCUCCAGUACCGAAACUUGCUCUUAAGCCCACUACUUUCACAAGGCUGGAGUUCGUUACAUCAGAGACGGAAGCAGCACAGAGCGCACCACUUGAGGCUAGCUUUGAAAAUAAGCAGUCGUUUAAAAACGAUGGUCGCAGACACUUAUUUCCGGAAAAAGUGGUAGAGAUUCUACCACUAGGGAACGAAAACCCUGUAUCCGAUUCAAACGAUGUCGAAGCCAGUAAUUACAUCAAUUGGAGAGACAAUAUAUGGAUUUAG